CUUCUUUCUGUAUUCUUGCGAAGAAAGCUUCCCCUUCUUCUCUCUAUAGCUCUUUUUCUCUGCAAGUCUCUUCCGCACGAAACCCCAAACGGAAAUCAAAGUAUCAAAGCAUGAGUCGCGGAAGUGGAGGUGGCUACGAUCGUCACAUUACAAUCUUUUCUCCUGAAGGUCGUCUCUUCCAAGUAGAGUAUGCAUUUAAAGCUGUUAAGGCUUCUGGAAUCACCUCCAUUGGUGUUCGAGGAAAGGACUCAGUCUGUGUUGUAACACAGAAGAAGGUUCCUGACAAGCUUUUGGAUCAGACCAGUGUCACACAUCUUUUCCCCAUCACCAAGUUCCUGGGGUUGUUAGCCACUGGCAUGACUGCUGAUGCAAGGACUUUGGUUCAACAAGCAAGGAAUGAAGCAGCCGAGUUUCGCUUCAGAUACGGAUAUGAAAUGCCUGUAGAUGUAUUGGCCAGAUGGAUUGCUGACAAAUCACAAGUCUAUACUCAACAUGCAUACAUGAGACCUCUUGGAGUAGUUGCCAUGAUCUUGGGUAUUGAUGAUGAAAAUGGACCUCGCCUCUUCAAAUGUGACCCAGCUGGCCAUUUCUUUGGCCAUAAGGCAACAAGUGCUGGAUUAAAAGAGCAAGAGGCAAUUAACUUCCUGGAGAAGAAAAUGAAAAAUGAUCCUGCAUUUUCAUAUGAUGAGACAGUUCAGACUGCUAUUUCUGCCCUGCAAUCAGUUUUGCAAGAGGACUUCAAGCCCAACGAGAUUGAGGUUGGAGUGGUGAGGACCGACAGCCCUGCCUUCAGAGUGUUGUCCACCGAGGAGAUCGACGAGCACUUGACUGCCAUAAGCGAGCGCGACUGAGUUCUGAUCUCUACCUGAAACCGCCUGGACAAGAAUGAUUAUUAGUUCGGAAAAUGCUUAUUGUUUUCUGUAAUUUUAGUCCUCUGGGACAAGCUUAAAGUCGCUUUAUCGAGACUGUUGUUAUCAGGCUGACUGGUUCUUCUGUUUCCAUUGCUCUACUUUCUUUUGUAACUUGAUUUAAAAAUGCAGAGUGUUAGAUCACUGGAGUUUGGAGGAAA